AGCAUGACAGCAUGCAUCGGUGUGUUUCGGGUCUGUCUGGGCAGAACCUACUCUCUCUCUCUCUCUCUGUUUUGUAGGACUUAUCCUCCAGGCCUGUCGUCUCUUCCCGGCUGGGGAGUCUUCUAGAAGGGGGCCCCUCUUGACCACCAUGAAAGGGUUAGGAGCCAAACGCAACCGCCAUCUGUCUGACUCCUGCGACCCCACCCAGGGCCCCCCGGAGCCCCUGUACUCACACCAGGCGUCCACCCUGCCUCGGAGCCCCUACCUCCUCAGCCCCACCAGCAUGGACCACUACGGCACCAUGGAUCCCCGCCACUACAACCCCAAUAUGGAAGCCCACCACAACCAGGGAUCCCUGCCCCCGGACUACUCCCUCCCCCUCAACAACCAGCUGUCCAACAGCAGCACCUUCCCCCAUGUCCACUACAACUCCCAUUAUGACCCCAGCGACUUCUCCCCGCCACAGGAGGACAGCAUCGGCGGCAUAAGUACAGGAACUCUGGGCACCUCCAUGUCGAUGGGGAUGCAUGGCAUGAGCGGCAUGGGGGGCCUGCAGAGCAGCCGGGGGGCCAUGAUCACCAGUGGUUCGGCUACUAUCUCCGGCGGGGCCAAGAUGAACCGGCAGUUGCAGCCCAACCUGCUGGACCAGUUGGAGAAGCAGCUGCCCGGGGGGCCUCGUGACGGCUUCAGCACGCUGCAGUUCCACCGGAGCACAUCGGCCGCCCUCUCCGUCGCCUCCAAGCAGCGCACCGACAGCCCCGGGCGCAUCCGUAACCUAGUGUGCUCCGUCCAGAAGCUCUUCGCCAAGUCACAGUCCAUAGACGGUCACAACCUCAAGGGCGUCAAUGGGCGUUCGGGGACGGGUAGCGGCAGCGGCGGGACCUCGUCCGGAACUGAGGACAGCGGGAAGCGGGACCGGCGUGCAAAGAGCAAAGACCGGGGCGGAGCCAAGUCAGACGGGGGCGGGACGGGCAAGCGGCGGCCGCGUUCCAACAUGUCGGGCUACUGGAGCUCAGACGACCUGGACAACGCCGACCUCAGCAACCCUAUAGCCAUGACGCUGGGACGCCCCACCACCCAUGCCACCCAGCACACCACCCARGGUAUUACCUACGAUGCUCAGCAGGGGGCACUACAGCAGCAGCAGGGACAACAACAGAGCCGCUACGUGAUUCACAGUGGCUACAACACCAUUAGUUCGUCUAAGAGCAGCAACGAAGUCAUGAAGUACCAGCAGAUGCUGGCAGGACCCGGAGGUGGGGGAGGAGGGAUCAGCAUGGGAGUGAACAGUAAUGACUUUAUGAAGGGAGGUUCGUGGUCGACCCUGACCCUGGGUCAGCCCAGACAGGUGCUGCAGAAGGGCCACUCGGCUACCCUAGACCGGUCCAUGCUCAAGUCCAAGUCGUGCCAGCAGGAGCUUGCCUGCCACUACCUGCAAGUGGGCCGACAGGGGGACUGGAGUAGCACGCUGGGCCGCAGCGGCGGAGGAGCCAAUCAGAUCCCAUGUCGGCGCAUGCGGAGCGGCAGCUACGUGAAGGCCAUGGGCGACCUAGAGGACAGCGACGACUCGGACGGCAGCCCCAAGCCCUCGCCCAAAAUGGCCGCCCGCCGUCAGAGUUACCUCAGGGCCACCCAGCAGUCUCUGAGCGACCAGCUACCGCCACGCAACUGUCUUCCUUCACUUCGAGAGCUGUCUACCAAUCGUAGCCUGGACAACUUGGACUGUCUGGGGGAUCCGGUGAGGGGCUCCCUGUUCCCCCGCUGGGACGAUGAGGACUUCAGCCAGGGAGGCGGCUGCAGCACCCUGGGGAGGAGCAGCUACAUGGGCCAGCUGCAGGACCUGGAGAUGAUUAGCCAACGCUACGACGAUAGCUGCUCUGAGUCGGCGUUCCGAGAAUCCCACACACUUUCACGCUCCCAUUCCCAGGCGUUGGAGCCUCCGGAUCUACCAAUGCCCACGUGCUUCCGAUCCCGUAGCCAUAGCUACCUGCGGGCCAUCCAGGCCGGAUGCUCACAGGAUGACGACACUGCUUCCGUGGACUCGGAUUCACCGCCGCCGACCGCCACUACCGUUCGCACCUAUAGCACCAGCACUGUCUCCACAUGCAUCACUACCUGUAAGAAGCCGGCGCCACCGCCCGUGCCGCCCCGCACCACUUCGAAGCCCUACAUCUCUGUGACGGUGCAGAGCAGCACUGAGUCAGCCCAGGACACCUACCUGGACCACCAGUCUGAGCGUGAUCGCCGCAGCAAGACCAUUACCAGUCAGUCCAGCCAAGCCCACAGCAACUCCUCCGACAGCCUCGACAGCACACGCGCCAACAGCUUGGCUCGGGGUAUUCCUUGGCCCAUCCCCGUCCCCGUCGCCACCCCCCGGGAACCCCUCACCACCACCGUCCACCACACUACCACCGGGACUGACGCCAACGACUCCCAGCGUGAACCCUUGAAGACGACGGGCACCAACAGGGGGAACCUGAUGGCAGAGGAGCCCCUCGCGGACAUCGUGCCCCGGAGGAAGCUUUCCUCCAUAGGCAUACAGGUUGACUGCAUUCAGGAGGAAGUCCAACGAGUGGAGACACCGACACCACCAUUGGCCAGAUUCCAGUCAAUCGGAAUACAGGCGGACGACGGCUGGCAGCUCAGUCGUUCCAGUAUCAUGGCCUCCAAGCAGGAGACAGACUCAGACACACAGGACCUCCCUGUCAUCUCCCACGCCAAGCCCGUCCCCGAGAAGAAGAGCAUGGUCAGCAACGCCUGCCAAUCCAUGGACUCUCCCCCGUGCGGCGGCCAGUUCAGCCAGGGCAACGGAUCAAAUCCCACCGCUGACACCAGUACGUCUCCACCUCCACUACGGCAGUUCCUCAACCGCUCCACCACACGGUCCUCCUCCGACUCCUUCGCCGAGAGCCUGGAUCCGGCCCUGGACCCCUCGUUCCUACCCCCUCCGGACCCCUGGCUGGAGAGUGGGAAUGAGAAUGCAGGCAGUGGGAACCCUAACGCGGUGCCCCCUCCAGGCCCUGCAUGCCGGCGGGACGGCCACUGGUUCCUCAAGUUGCUGCAGGCAGAGACGGGCCGCAUGGAGGGCUGGUGCCAGCAGAUGGAGCAGGAGACCAAAGACAACCAGCUCUCAGAGGAGGUGUUGGGGAAAGUUCGCAGUGCAGUGGGCAGUGCUCAGCUCCUCAUGACCAAGAAAUUUGAGCAGUUCAGAGGACUGUGUGAACAAAACUUGAAUGUGAAUGCCAACCUGCGGCCCACAGCCCAGGACCUGGCAGGCUUCUGGGACCUGCUACAGCUCUCCAUCGAGGACAUCAGCCUCAAGUUUGAUGAGCUCUACCACCUCAAGUCCAGCGACUGGCAGCCCCCUGCCGUGGCACACUCGCCACCCGAGCGGAAGGAGCACCAGAAAGAGCCCCCUCCUCCAGUGCCAAAGAAGCCCGUUAAGGGGAGGCCGGUGCUGGGACGUGAGAAGAGCGUCGACUCCGCCUCUUCCACCUCUUCAGCGGAGAAGCACCGGACGGAGGCCCGCAGGCGACUGCUGGCCGCUAAGAGGGCCGCCUCYGUUCGGCAGAACUCAGCCACGGAGAGUGCUGACAGUAUCGAGAUCUACGUCCCCGAGGCCCAAACACGUCUCUGAGAGAGAGCGAGAGAGGGGGAGAGGGAG